AUGGCGCCGGGCGUCGUCAGUCCUGCGUCCAACUCGCGGAACCAGAGUCCCAACCACAUGGACGAGGAGCCAGAUCCAGGCCCGUCAAACUUUGAAACCGCCGUCGACGAUGAGGAUGCCACGGAUCCUCUGGCCCUGCUCCGGAGUCUUCCAGAGCCGCCCACCACAUGCCAGGUGUGCGUCGUUGGCGCCGGUCCUGCGGGCUUGAUGCUGGCGGCGAACCUCGCCCGCUACGGCAUUGAUGUUGAAGUUGUAGAUGACAGGGCAGAUCAGACGCCGGUUGGCAGAGCGGAUGGCUUACAGCCCAAAUCAAUUGAGACAUUCCGCCAGAUGCGAUUGGCUGAUCCGCUGCUGCAGCGUGGCGUGAGAGUCUUCGACAUCUCCUUUUGGCGCAGCACAGCCGACGCUCCUCUGCAUCGUCUGGGCCGUGAGGUGCAUUACCCUCCCGUCAUCGAUGUUCUGGACCCCUACAUCCUGCUCGUUCACCAGGGCAUGGUUGAGGGCAUAUUCGUCGACGACCUGAGGAAGCGCGGAAAGGAAGUGCGCCGGAACACGGCCUUUGAAUCCCAUUUCGUUCCCAAAUCAGGACCCGUGCAGGUUCGAUGUCACACCAAUGUCAACCAGGAUAAGAGGACCAUCCUGACCAGUUAUCUUGUCGGAUGCGAUGGAGCGCACUCCAAGGUCCGCAAGAACAUGCCCGAUGUUGAGGCCGUGGGUAUGUCACAUCCAGACAUCUGGGGUGUCUUGGAUGGCGAGCUCAUCACCAACUUCCCUGACAUUUGGUCCAAGACUCUCGUCUACUCCGAGGAGCACGGCUCGAUUCUCAUUGUUCCUCGGGAGCGUAACAUGACGCGCUUCUACAUCGAGCUCAAGGCUAGCGCUCGUGCUGACCGCCGCGAGCUUGGCCAAAAGUUCGUUAUGCAGCAGGCUCGCAAGAUCAUGGCUCCCUUUGAAAUUGAUUGGAAGUACAUUGAAUGGUUCGGCCGAUACCAAGUGGGCCAGCGUGUGGCCAGCCGCUUCACCGACACCAAUACCAGAGUCUUCCUUGCCGGAGAUGCCAGUCACACUCACUCCCCCAAGUCGGCACAGGGCAUGAAUACGUCCAUGCACGACUCGUGGAAUCUCUCGUGGAAGUUGAACCUGGCGUGCCGUGGACUGGCCAAACCCAAUCUGCUCGAGAGUUACGAGGUAGAGCGCCGCAAGAUUGCUCUAGAUCUCGUCAACUUCGACUACGAGCAUGCCAAUCGGAUUGCUGAAGGAGAUGCCGUCAAAAUGGCCGAGAACUUCAGAGCCAAUGUGCGCUUCAUCUCUGGCAUCGGCGCCGACUACAGCGAGAGCCCCCUCAACAUUACCCGGCCAGAGGACAACUCGGCCAUUCUGGGUGCUGCUCGCCCGGGAUGCCUCCUGCCCCCAGCCAAGGUGUCGCGAUACAUCGAUUCUAAUCCGGUGGACGUCCAGCUUGAUAUCCCCAUGCUUGGCCAGUUCCGUAUCUACCUCCUUAUGUGGGAUGUAAUACAGGCAAGGCCAUUCUUGGAGACAUUCUGCCGCUCCAUUGCGACACCCAAGUCUUUGGUGAGCCAGCUGUCUGCUGCCGCAAGCGCAUCUUAUGCGAAGCAGCCCAGGAUCCCGGCGCCAGAAGAUGUGUACACACGACCUGAGAGAUAUACCGUAGUCAGCCACUUGUUUACUUUUGCUUUGAUCACCACCAUGCCCAAGUCUGAAAUUGAAAUCUCAGACCUCCCAGCGCUGCUGCAAGACAGCCGGUGGACAUUCUAUCUAGACAACGUCCCCGAGCUGGACACGAGAGGCGCUUUCUGCACGGAGAAGUGGCUUGGAAGCCUCGGCCCCAGCGAGGUCGCCAUCGUCAAUGUCCGUCCCGACGGCUACGUUGGCUCCGUCGGCCGCUGGGACACGAACGUAGAUGAGGCUGGCGAACAAGCAGCGGCGUGGUUGGAUUCUUAUUAUGGCGGGUUUUUGCAAGCUCCAGCCAUUCGAUCUCCUAGUGUGCGAUCUCCUAGUAUGCGAUCUCCUAGCGUGCAAUCUCCGAACAAGGAGUAA